AGCAUACCGGACGUGUCCUGGGAACCAGCUCCUGCAUUCCAGAGUCUCGGAACUGGUCCAGUCCCUGUUGCUUUGAACUUGGAACAAAAUUUCCCUCACUUUGCUGAGCCCCACAGCGGCUGAUCACCACCCGCCCCUUGCCAGCAAGGAAAGAGGAGCAUCGGAGAGAUGAUGUGGCUGUGGUUAGGGCUCAUCGGGCAGAAGCUGUUGCUCUGGGGAGCAGCGAGUGCAGUCUCAGUGGCCGGUGCUACUGUCUUGCUCAACAUCCUGCAGAUGUUGGCCAGCUACGCUCGCAAAUGGCAGCAGAUGCGGCCUAUCCCAUCCGUGGGACCACCGGCCUAUCCCUUGGUGGGACAUGCGUUGUUGAUGAAACCCAACAGCACAGACUUUUUUCAACAGUUAAUUCAGUACACAGAAGAAUUCCGACACCUGCCACUCAUAAAACUUUGGAUCGGACCAGUGCCCCUGGUGGCCCUUUACAAAGCAGAGAAUGUGGAGGUAAUUUUGACCAGUUCGAAGCAAAUUGAUAAAUCACUGUUGUACAAGUUCCUACAGCCAUGGUUGGGACUAGGACUUCUCACAAGUACUGGGAACAAGUGGCGCUCCAGGAGGAAAUUGUUAACACCCACAUUCCAUUUUACAAUUCUGGAGGAUUUCUUAGAUGUCAUGAAUGAGCAGGCAAAUAUAUUGGUCGAUAAGCUUGAACACCAUGUCAAUCAAGGAGCAUUUAACUGCUUUGUUCACAUCACUCUUUGUGCUUUGGAUAUAAUCUGUGAAACAGCUAUGGGGAAGAACAUUGGAGCUCAAAGUAAUGAUGAUUCUGAGUAUGUCCGUACAGUGUAUCGGAUGAGCGAUAUGAUACAUCGUAGAAUGAAGAUGCCCUGGUUUUGGUUUGACCUUUGGUACCUUAUGUUUAAAGAAGGACGAGAACACAGAAAAGGACUCAAGAGGCUACAUACUUUCACCAACAAUGUCAUCAUUGAACGGGUCAAUGACAUGAAGGCAGAGGAAGAUGGUACCAAUGCUGGUAGGGGUUGUGAACCCUCCAAAAGUAAGCGUAAGGCCUUUCUUGACUUGCUUUUGAGUGUGACUGAUGAGGACGGAAACAGGUUAAGCCAUGAAGACAUCCGAGAGGAAGUUGACACCUUCAUGUUUGAGGGUCAUGAUACAACUGCAGCUGCAAUAAACUGGUCUUUAUACCUGUUGGGUUCUUAUCCAGAAGUCCAGAAAAAAGUGGACAAGGAACUGGAUGACAUAUUUGGACAGUCCCUUCGCCCUGUCACCUUGGAAGACCUGAAGAAGCUUAAAUAUCUGGAUUGUGUCAUUAAGGAGACUCUAAGAAUUUUCCCCUCUGUCCCUUUAUUUGCCCGGAGUCUUAGUGAAGACUGUGAAGUCGCUGGUUACAAAGUCUCAAAAGGCACAGAAGCAGUCCUCAUUCCGUAUGCAUUACACCGAGACCCCAGAUACUUCCCAGAUCCUGAGGAAUUUCAGCCAGAGCGGUUCUUUCCUGAGAACUCCCAAGGACGACAUCCCUAUGCCUAUGUGCCCUUUUCUGCUGGACCUCGAAACUGUAUUGGUCAAAAGUUUGCUGUGAUGGAGGAGAAGACAAUUCUUGCCUGUAUCCUGAGGCGGUUUUGGGUAGAAUCCAACCAGAAGAGAGAAGAACUUGGCCUGUCUGGAGAUCUGAUUCUUAGGCCAAAUAAUGGCAUCUGGAUCAAGCUGAAGAGGAGACAUGAGGAACCCUAACUUUGUCCUUGAGACCUUAUCAUGAAGAAGAUUGUUCCAUACGAAACAUGGUAUUUGCAAUUUUUAGAUUGUGAGCUGAAAACUCCAAAUCCUUGGACAUAAUGUUUUCUCUUGUUCCCACUGAUCUUGAUUCCUAGUCCAUCACAGAGAGUUUUUGUAUGUGUAUUACCAACAUAGAUGCCAUAUCACACCCAUUCUUGGUCUCUUGGUAUGGUUAGCUGAAUCACACCAAUAAAAAUUAUAACAGGAGGGACCAUCAACCUAUUCAAUUUUAUUUGUUAUAUUCAAAAGAUGUCAUUUAAAUGAAAUUUCAGAAUCAAGAAAAUGUUAUUGUUGACUCUGAAAUUCAUAUGAUAGCAUCUGAAAACGGUGGGUAAUUAAGCUCUUCAGUAUAACGGCCUUAGGUUUUCUCUCAUUAGUUAUAAGUAGUUGUCACAUCUCUUUCACCUUGUUGACUGUGAGCAAGGAUCUUCUGUUUUUGGUGGAGUUCCAAUCACUUUUCACAUCAUAUUAUUGGAAAAGAUUCCUUUCCACAACUCCCAAUCUGUCACAGAAUCUCCAUUAGUGGCCUUUGAAGUUUAAGUAGCCACAGAAACUCUCUGCUUAUGCACCAAUCAAUCAAGAGUAAGGGCAGCCAGGCAUAGGUGGCCCACACCUUUAAUCCCAGCACUUGAGAGGCAGAGGGAGGCAGAUCUCUAUGAGUUCAAGGCCACUCUGGUCUACAGAGCAAGAUUAGGGGGAUGGAGUAAAGGGGACAGUAAAUUUCUGUCCAAGAUCUGCUACUAGUUGUGCUAUGGCUAGCCAUGAAUACAAUGUCUACACUGGAGCUCUCCAUUCCCUGAUAACACUUUCUCCUACAACAUACUUUGACUUUAUGGAACUCAGGACUGUAAUUGGAUGGAUUAGAACUCAGGAUGCUGGCCCUCAGGGUGUGCAUGUCUUUUUUGUAAUUCCUCUACUUUUAGAGGAAGACUCUGUCCUUUCAUAUUUAGUUACACUGUAAUAACACUUGGUUCAGGACUAUACACCUAAUUAACUCAGCCUGGUGGAACAUCCCUGCCAAGCUGAUAACUGAAUUUCAUUCCUUCGAUGUUAAUUUGGUAUAUAAUACUACUACUUCUCAUGCAAUGACUUUUAAGAAUUUCUUUAUAAUAAAUAAUUGUUUUA